AUGAUUGAAAGAUUUCAUAGGACAUUAAAGACUGCUAUUACAGCUUCAGAUGAUUCUACCUACUGGUCUGAAAUUCUUCCUUGGAUAUUAUUAGGACUACGUACGUCUAUUAAAGAAGAUUUAAAAUGCUCUUCUGCAGAAUUAGUUUUUGGGCAAACAUUAAGACUACCAGGUGAAUUAGUUGUUUCGAACGGUUAUAAUAAUGAAGUUGACAAUACAAAUGAAAUUCUUGUUAAGCUAAGAAAAUAUUUUUCAAAUGUUAGAUCAAAAGUGGUACAUCACAAUAAAGGAUACUCUUUUGUUCCUAAGAACUUGGAUACUUGUGAAUACGUUUUUGUUAAAGUUAUUCACAAAUCAAAUUUACAAUCACCUUAUGAAGGACCAUUUAAAAUUAUUUCGAAAAAUAGUAAAGUAUUCAAAAUUCAAUAUGGAAAUAUGAUUAAAACAGUUUCAAAAGAUUUACUCAAACCUGCAAAUAUAAUUUCUGAUACAACACAAAACUCUAAUUCACUAACAAUUCCAAAUACACAAAAGAAAAUAACAUUUAAUAUUAAUUAA